AUGUUGAAACUAAUAGUCUAUAAGUUUUACUGCUUCUGUCAAAUGCACGUUUACCUUCUAUCGAGGGCAGCGUGUUUGCAGCUGCAGAGUCGUCACAGAAGAGCGUGGAUCAUAGACUCUUUCACCAUAGAAGAGGGUCACCCCGGGCCGUUCCCCUAUGAGCUGGGACAGAUCGACAUUGACCGAGCUUACCGCGUUCACUUCGAGCUCUCUGGAGAAGGAGUGGACCAGGAGCCUAAAGGGGUCCUCUCCAUCGACAAGGAGAGCGGCAUCCUCUUUGUGCACAAACCGGUGGACUACGAGGAGAAGGAUCUGCUGACGUUGAAAUUCGAGGCCAAAAAAUCUGACUUGUCUUUAGACACAAAACUAGGCAUUCAGAUCUCGAUAACAGACAUCAACGACAAUCCACCUGUUUUCCAGACGAGUUUGUAUGAAAUAACGACACGAGAGGAGACGACUCAAGGUUCUUUCUUAGUGACGGUUUUGGCCCAUGAUCGAGACAAGAGAGGCUCCCCCAACUCAACAUUUCACUACGAACUCAAGUCUGUGUCUCCACAAACUGAAAACAUACAGUUCUUUAUGGACAAGGACAUGGGACAAAUCUCUUUCAAGGGAUGUUUGGACCACGAGGUGGCUGAUAAGUUUACAUUGUUGGUGGAGGCCAAGGACCACGGUGAUGUGAUCAGUUUGUCCAGUUCAACCACCGUCGUCAUCAACGUCCAGGAUGGAAACAACCACCUGCCGAUCAUCACCGGGCAAACGGGAAGUGGUAAAGUAAAGGAAGGAGAGACUGGGACGUCCCCUCUGAGGAUCCAUGUGACGGACAAGGACACACGGGACAGUCCUGCGUGGAGGGUCAAAUACACCAUCACAGGAGAGGACGCCCAGCACUUUAACAUCGAGACAGACCCAGAGACGAACGACGGCAUUCUCACGGUGCUGACUCCACUCAAUUAUGAAGAGAUGACCACAAAAAAUCUUACCAUCCUGGUGGAGAACGAGGCUCCAUUUUUCCGCUGCACGGUGAAAAACAAAGCGGUCUCUGGUUUAUGGACAGUGGACAUGGUCAGCGGUGAAAAAGCGGCAUCUUUUCACUCACAGACCGUAAACGUCAUCGUCGAAGUUGAAGAUGUUAAUGAUCCGCCGGCGUUCCUCGUCACAGUGAAAGAAGCGAUCGUGGAGGAGAACUCACCUGUGGGCACGUGGGUGGAGAAGGUGACGGCACACGACCCCGACUCCACCCACUCCAGGGAUUUUGUAUACAAAGUUGGAGAUGAUCCCGCCGGGUGGGUGAAGGUCGAUCCCAAAACGGGCGACAUCGUAACCUCUAAAAUAUUUGAUCGUGAAUCCCCCCACGUGGUCAACGGCAUCUACACAGUGCUUAUUCACGCCGUAGACAAAGGAGAUCCACAGAUGACGGGCACAGCUACAGUCAACAUUCACGUCGCAGACCAGAAUGACAACGUCCCACAGCUGGAGACGGACUUUGUGGACGUGUGUGUGUCGGAUGACGUCACCAUGACCAACAUCACGGCUUUUGACUUGGACGAGAAUCCGUUUGGAGGACCUUUUACGUUCGAGCUGCUUGGAGAUGUAAAAAACAAAUGGAAACUCAAUCCGUCUUAUGGUUACAGCGCUGGCCUGGUGGCGGAGUCGGGAGCGUUCGUGGGUCGACACACUGUCAGCGUAAAGAUCUUGGACAUGCAGGGGCAGUUUGGUGUCUACAGCCUUAGUGUGAUCGUUUGCGACUGCUCUCUCGCACCAAACUGUCGAAUCCGUAGAGAAAACGCCAUCGGUGCUUCUUCCGGGGUCGUUGGACUAGUUUUUUUGGCUCUGCUGUUGCUCUUUGCUGGACUGUUGCUGACUCUGUUUGUCACCUGUAAGAAACAGUUCACUCACAUUCAGUUUCCAGUAUCAGAGGGAACAACGCUGGAUUCACACAUGGAAAGUCCAGGGACAGACUGCAAGGUACCUUUAAACGUGAACUCUGGAUCCACUGAUGAACACACCUCAAAACUGCACAACGGAGCCCAGCAUCUUAUUUCAACAAAUAUGUGGAUCAAAUAUUCAGAUGAAGGCAUGGAAGAGCAUCUUUACAAACAGCAGGUGCCCAGAGAAACAUAUUUCAGGCACAGCUCAAACUCAGAAAGUGUGUACAGUGAAGCCUUCCUGGCCCUGCUGCAACGGAGGUUAACUUUGCUCCACGAGACAGAGGACGAGCUGCUGGACUAUGAGCCUCAUUUUUACACAGACGAGGGACACGAGGACACCCCUCCAGACCUGGACAACAUUUCCAUCCCAGAGACGGACUCUUUCCACCAUGUUCUGCACAACCUCAGCCCAGAAUUCAACAGCCUGGCUUCUAUUUGUAGAAAGCAUCCAAAAUAUUAA